UCGUGACUACGUAUACCCUCACAUUGAACUGUCCCGUCGCACUAGAAGGUCAAGGACGUCGACACACUUCCCCGAAAAAGAAUGGCUGCUGCAGAGUUAGAAAGCGUUGAGAAAGUUUUGGAAAAACACUUACCUGCCGCUGAGUUGGCAGAAGUGAGACGUAUCUUUUACGGGAGGGAACUGAGAAAACUCAGUUUACCAGAAGAUGUGUACUCUACCGCUGACCAGAAUGACUUUGAGAUCCAAGGUUACAGUUUCUGUGAGCUUGCUAAGGAGGAAAGCUUUCGUUCACCAAGAGUGGUCAGAAUUGGAGCUAUACAGAACAAGAUUGUCCUUCCAACUACAGCACCCAUACCCAAACAGAUCGAGGCACUGCACAACCGAAUCUCGGACAUCAUUGCUGUCGCUGCCCGAAGUGGUGUUAAUGUGCUCUGUAUGCAGGAGGCAUGGACCAUGCCAUUUGCCUUCUGUACCAGAGAGAAGCAUCCCUGGUGUGACUUUGCAGAAUCAGCAGAAAAUGGGGCCACAACCAAACUAUUACAGGAGCUUGCCAAAAAGUACAACAUGGUGAUCGUGUCUCCUAUCCUGGAGAGAGAUGAGACGCAUGGAGAUAUUCUGGCCAACACAGCAGUGGUGAUAUCUAACACUGGUCAGGUACUUGGUAAAUCCAGGAAGAACCAUAUCCCCAGAGUUGGUGACUUCAAUGAGUCGACUUACUACUUGGAGGGAGACACAGGUCACAAGGUGUUCCAGACACAGUUUGGAAAGAUCGCCAUCAACAUCUGCUAUGGACGCCAUCACCCUCUUAACUGGUUGAUGUACGGAGUGAAUGGAGCCGAAAUUGUCUUUAAUCCUUCAGCAACUGUUGGAAAUCUGAGUGAGCCAAUGUGGCCUAUAGAAGCCCGGUGUGCAGCCAUUGCCAACAGUUACUUCUCCUGUGGCAUCAAUAGAGUCGGCACGGUAAGUAGACGGGGUAUCAACAUGUCAGGGUAUCAACAUGUCAGGGCCAGGCUUUAAUGCUAAUGGAUGUUGAGUAUGAGUGG